AUGCUAAGCGUCGUCGCUAUCACAGCCAAGAAGAAGAAGAAGAAGAAGAAGAAGAAGAAGAAGAAGAAGAAGAAGAAGAAGAAGAAGAAGAAGAAGAAGAAGAUGAUGAUGAUGAUGAUGAUGAUGAUGAUGAUGACAAUCUACCGCGUCCUCGUCCUCGGCGGCACGGCGUUCAUUGGGCGAGUUGUCACGCGGCGAUUGCACGAUGAAGACUAUCCGCUCGUCUUCGUUAACCGCGGGCGGUCUUACUGGGAAGGAAACGGCAUCGAUCAAGCUGAGUAUCACCGCGCUGACCGCCGGGACCCAAAGGCCUUUGCCGACUGCGUCGCCGAUCUAACCGAGAGAGAGGAAGCCACAAGAGGCAGGUCUUGGCUGGCUGUUGUCGACUUCUCCGCAUAUAAGCCGCGCGACAUCCAAGCAUCCUUGGCGGGCUUGGGAGGGCGCUACGGAUUGUACAUUUACAUUUCAACGGACAGCGUCUACGAGGUUUCUGACUCGAGCCUGUGGAAGGCGCGCUCGAGCGUCACUGAAGACCUCGCCGUCAGGCCGAAAGAGAAGGACCGAGUCGCAAUCCUCAAGAAAAAGGACGCCUAUGGACAUAACAAACUCGCUGUGGAAGAAGUUCUUCGCGAACAGGUGCAGAGGGAUCGGCGGCCUGUCGUUUGCCUUCGGCUGGCUGAUGUCGUUGGUCCUUUCGACGACACAGAUCGCUUCUGGACGUACUUCUGGUGGACGCAAGUGGGACAUCCUAUCCUUGUGGAGCCCUCAGCCGUGACGCAACGCAUGAACCUCACGUUCGUCGAAGACGUCGCGGCAGCUGUCUCCUGUCUCCUCCGCUUGCCCCUUCCUGCAGCCCCGUGUAGAACAAGUGACAGCGAGUCAGACGCACAUGCGUCCGGCUCUUCUUCCUCUUCUUCGUCUCCUGAAGAGCGGAACGAAGGCAUGGCGACAGACAGAGCUCGCACCGAACAUGAGACUCUCUUUCGGGCAUAUAACUUGAAAUUGCUGCACAAGCGGUGUGCGCUUUACCGCCGCCAAGGCCUGCUGCCUCCAUCUCGCCCAGCCUCGUCUGCGUCGGUUUUCUCUGGAGAGACAGAUCUCUGUGAAAACGAGACGGCGAGCGGAGAGCGAGAGGAAGAGCUGAACUGGACGGUCGAAGAAGACUGCCUCAAGUGUCCAUCAUUCCUUCCUUCUGUCUGCCGCGAGACGCCGCUGUCCAUGGCGAAGAUUCGUUCGGAGCUACGUCUCUCACUCACGCCUCUGGAGGAGGCUAUCCACGCCACGUGCGACUGGUUGGUCCCUGCGUCGCGACGUUUUCCCAAAGAAGCUGCCGAGGCUGUCAAGAGGUUGCCGGCUGAGGCUCGGCAAGCAGUCAGAGCGCUACAUCAAGAUCUGCAUCCGUUCCUCCCGUCUUCCUCGUCGUCCUCUUCUUCUUUGAGUGGUUCAGAGGACUCCAGUGAUGAAGAGGAAGACACAGUGUGA